CAUGGACUGUCUUCCCUUUCAGCGGAUCCUCAACUGGCUAGAACUGUUUUGCAUGAUUUUGUAACAUCCUGUCGUUGCUGCAUCUUAGUUCUGAGAAAUCAUAUGUAACAUCCGUAGAGGUGCCAGUUGAGGGGGAGGGGAAUAUCUAUAUAUAAUCCCCACAGAGGUAUAGGUUUUUGUCUUCUCACUGCAGAAUCUCUGUAUGUCAGACGGCCUUCUUGCAAGAAUAAAUGUCCUACUUUUCUGAUAGCAUUGCUGUCUGAGUUUUAUUCCACCUCGCCAUAAAGUUGGAAGUGACACUGAAGGUCUUUGUUUGACGCAUUCAAUCCAGCGAUAACCAUGAAUUUUGUACAGCAGGGUCUUCCACCAUACAGAUCAACACUGAUUCAUCAAGGUCCUCCAAAAAGAUUCCGUUUACAUACAGAGAAGAAAGUGCUUGAUGAUAAUGAGAGAGUCAGAAAAUGGACUUAUGGGAAAAAAGACACCAGAAAACAAAACAAAAUUGUUCUGCUUGUGGGAGAGACUGGUGUUGGUAAGACCACCAUCAUCAACACUAUGGUCAACUACUUACUGGGAGUGAAAUUUGAGGAUGAAAUAUGGUAUGAAAUCACUGAAGAAGAAGGUGGAGAUCAAUCAGAAUCACAAACUUCUGAAAUCACCAUGUAUGAGGUAUUUCCUGUAAAAAGUCCCAUAUCACUCACUAUCAUUGAUACUCCAGGCUACGGAGACACUAGAGGACUGGAAAAAGAUCUGGAAGUUGCCAGGAAUUUAGCCAUACUGUUUCAGAGCAAUGAUGGAGUUUGUGAAGUCGAUGCCAUUUGCUUUGUGACUCAAGCAUCUACGAAUCGCCUCUCAGACAGACAGCAUUACAUUAUCAGUUCAAUUCUGUCUUUAUUUGGAAAAGACAUUGUGAACAACAUUGUGUUUUUAGUCACACACUUUGAUGGUCUGCCUCCCAAAAAUGUCCUCGGUGCCAUUAAUAAAGCCAAAAUCCCCUGCAGACAAGACAAUUAUGGCCAACCUCUUUGUUUCUUAUUCAAUAAUCGUCAGGCUGAAGCCCGUCACAAUGAGAAACGUUACAUUCGUGCUCAAAGAGACGCCUGGGAAAACAGCACUGAAGAGAUGGAGAAAUUCCUUCAGUCUCUGGAUGAAAAGGACAGAAGAAGUUUAGAGCUGACUUCAAAUGUCCUGAUAGAGCGCAUCCAGCUUGAAGCAGCUCUCUGCAAUUUACAGCUGCGAAUUCAAGAGAAAGAGCUUAAAAAGUCUGAAAAACUUCAAAUUCAGGAGGCAAUGAGACAAAACAAGGAAAAGAUUGAACAGUGUAAAAACUUCACCAUUGAAGUCUAUAAGACUGUUAAAAUGAGGGUUCCCAUUGAAAGCAAGUCAUGGAAGCACAGGAAGGCGACAACCUGCACUGUCUGUGAGGAAAACUGCCAUGAGUUUAACUGCUGGUGGGUUUCUAAUCCCAGCAAAUGUAAAGUCAUGAAAAAUGGGUACUGCACCGUCUGCACAGGGAAGUGUCACCACAGCAAACAUGUCAAAGAAAGCAAGAAAUACUUCAUCAGCACUUCAAUCAUCAUAAUUGUGUUUGAUGAUUUGAAAAAGAUGUAUGAAGAAGCUCACAAACAAACGAUGUGGUUUUCAGUUAUAAUGGAUUGUCUUGACAAAGAUCUGCAGGCGAUUGAGGAACAAAAGUCAAUUCUUUUGUUCAAUGCAUACAAGACCAUCAAGCAUCUGUCUCAGAUCGCAUUAAAACCAGACUCUGCUUUCACUCUUCAGCAUCUGGACUUCUUCAUCCCCAGAGUGAGUGAGGCUGGGAAAGAAGACUGGGUGCAAGAGCUGAAGGAGAUGAAGAGAAUCGCUGAAGCAGAAGAAGCCAAUAAAGAUGCUCUGAGUUAUCUGAAAGCUGGGCUGGCAAAAACAAAAUAAUAAACGAUUCUUUAGUGGGAAAUGAACAAAUACAUAGAGGACAAGCUAUGUAUCGAUGAAAAUGAAGAAGAUAAUGAGAAAUCAAUGCAGGGGACCUUCUGUAGAUCUGAAAAUAAUUUCAUAGUAUCAAGCUACUUUUUUAUGUGUUUUAAUGAUUAAUUAAAAGGCAAGCCACUCCUGUCCAAUCUGUUAGUUUGUGAACUAUAAUAAUAAAUGAGUUUCUGGAACAUUUUGGUUUACUGGAUGCUAGUUUUGAGACAAAAUGUUGCAUCUGUGAAUGUUGAUGUGUUUACUCUUGUAUUAACCCUUGUUAAACUGUUCUACAUUUCAUCUUAAUCAGUAGCUGAAGGGGCAUAAUAGGUCACUUUUUUUUUAUUAAAGAUUUAUUUAUGGGCUUUUAAUGCCUUUAUUGGAAAGGACAGUGUAGAGUAGACAGGAAAGUGUUUUUUUGGUGAAGAGAGAGGGGAGCGGGAUCGGCAAAGGACCACGAGCUGGGACACGAACCCGGGUCGCCGUCAGCGCAGUUGCCCUGUAUAUGUCGGCGCACUAACCGCAAGGCUAUUGGCGCCGACAUAAUAGGUCACUUUUAAGUUACUACUGAAGACACCAGUGCUGACACUUCACAUUCACACUCUUCAUCAGCUUUAUGUGUAAUUUACUAUAAUGUUUAGUUUUUCUCUAAUUAAAUGUAAUACUUUUUAAUAGUAAAAUGAUAUUUUUCUGAUUUGUAUUUGUAAUUGUAGCAGUAAACGAAGAAGUAUUAUAUUAAUCACAAGUUCAGUAUGGAGUACCGCAAGGUUCAGUACUCGGACCAGUGCUUUUCAACCUUUACCUGCUACCCUUGGAGAUAUAUCAUUAGAAAACAUGGAGUAGGUGUUCACUGUUAUGGCAAUGAUACUCAGCUCUUUAUUUUCUUAAGGCCUGAUGAAACAUACAAAUUCACAAAACUUACAGAAUGCAUAGUUGAUUUAGAAAGCUGGAUGAUUUCCUACUACUAAAUUCUGAAAAAUAAGUAAAUAAAUAAAAUAUAACAGAGGAUUUAAUUGGUGUACCAAAAAUCUCUGCAAGUAAUAAUGUAGAAUACUAUGUAAUAUUUGAUGGCUGAUCUACGUUGUCAGCUAGGAACCUGAGUGUGCUAUUUGGUGGCAAUCUAUCAUUUGUAAGAAUCAUUUCUAACAUGUUGUAAUGUGGGUUUUGUUUCAUGUUUUGGGUUUUGUCAAUUUCAUGUUUUCAAGUCUUUUAUUUUGUUAUUGUUUGAUUGCUGUGUCAUGCUUCCCUUGCCCUCUUGUCUACAUUUGAUUGAUUCCUCUUGUUCAUUGUGUCAUGUUCUGAUUGUCUUAGUCAUGUGUCUUGUUCCCCAUUGGUUUGUUCUUGUCAUGUGACCUGUAUUGUUUGUUAUAAGUAGUCAUGUUUUUGCCAUUGUGCGUGGUGUAUUAAUGUUGUAAUCUGCUGUUGGUGAGUCUAGUCUGUUUCAUGUCUCGUCAAGUCAAGUCUUCAUUUCUUGUUUGGAUGUUUUGGAUUACACCUUGUAAAUUAACUGCACUUGGGUUCUCACUACGCUCGCCUUUAGUGGACUCUUUACACAUGUUUAAAACCACCUUUUUUUCCACAUUAAAAUAUCUAUUAAUUA